UUUUAUUUAGUUGUACUCGGUAUCUCAAAGCGAUCACAACAGCCAACGCACAAAACGUUUAAUCUGUUCAAAUUACUGUCACAAUGGGAAAACUUAUUUUAUACGGAAUGGAUAUAAGCCCACCAGUGCGGGCUUGUUUACUCACAUUGAAAGCCCUGAAUUUAACCUACGAAUACAAAGUUGUCAAUUUAAUGACCAGAGAGCAUUUAUCGGAGGAUUUCUUAAAAAAGAACCCCCAACACACAGUGCCUACACUGGAAGACGAUGGUCAUUUCAUUUGGGAUUCUCAUGCCAUUAUGGCGUAUUUAGUUAGUAAAUAUGGCAAGGAUGACUCGCUGUAUCCAAAGGAUCUACUUAAACGAGCUGUUGUUGAUCAGCGUAUGUAUUUCGAUGCUGGUGUCUUAUACCAAGACGGCCUACGCAGCAUUACACUUCCAAUUUGGUUGAGAAAUCAAACACAGAUACCACAACAUCGAAUUGAUGUUAUUGUGGAGGGUUAUGAAUUUCUCGAGUCAUUCCUUAAGGAUAACAAAUACAUGGCCGGAGAUCAUUUAACUAUUGCCGACUUUAGUAUUGUAUCAACUGUAAGCUCAUUGCUGAUUUUUUCUGAAAUCGAUGAAGUGAAGUUCCCUAAACUAAGUGCUUGGUUGAAGAGUAUCGAGUCAUUGCCUUACUAUGAAGAAGCCAAUGGGGCAGGUGCUAAGCAAUAUACGGAAAUUCUUAAAUCUAAGAACUGUACAAUUAUACCUUAAAUAAAUUAAACAACAAGAAAAUUAAUCACACCAUUAAAUUUUACGAAAAUGGA